UUGGAAAAACACUAAAAUAGACUACAACGUCCGACAACACCCUGAAAGUGAACCUAAAAUGAACGCGUUCAUUGAACGUGUUCAUUGAACGCUCCUGCCUUCAUUGAAGCGAUAGUUUAUGACAACAUGCCAACCCUGGGAAUAGUGUAGUGUUUGUAUUGUAUUGUAUUGUUUAUUUUCUUGUUUAAGAAUAGUCUUUAACGUGUGUGAAGAUGAACACGGUUUUUGCAGUGACUUUGGUGUUUGUCGGCUGCUGCAGCAAUGUUGUGUUCCUGGAAGUUUUGGUGAGAGAUUUCCCAGGAUGCGGGAACAUUGUGACAUUUGCCCAGUUUGUGUUUAUUGCCUUGGAGGGGUUCAUCUUCGAGACAAAUUUUGGACGCAAGAAACCAGCCAUACCAAUCAGAAACUAUGUGAUAAUGGUGACCAUGUUCUUCACUGUCAGUGUUAUAAACAACUACGCCCUCAACUUCAACAUCGCAAUGCCACUACACAUGAUCUUCAGAUCUGGCUCUUUAAUAGCAAACAUGAUACUGGGUAUCAUCAUAUUGAAAAAAAGGUAUUCAUCAAGUAAAUACCUUUCCAUAUUUUUGGUAUCAGUAGGCAUCUUUAUCUGUACCAUCAUGUCUGCCAAACAAGUGAGUGCUGAAAAGGCUGCUACAAAAGAGGAAGGAGUGUAUGCCUUCUUGCACUGGCUUUUAGGUAUUGGAAUGCUGACCUUUGCCCUAAUAAUGUCUGCUUUAAUGGGCAUUUUCCAAGAGACUCUGUACAAGCAGUACGGCAAGCACUCGAAGGAGGCUCUCUUCUAUAAUCAUUGCCUGCCUUUGCCAGGGUUUCUGCUGCUCUCAACCGACAUCUAUAACCACGCUGUACUCUUCAGUCAAACCACUCCCGUGGAGAUCCCUGUGAUUGGUGAAACUGUACCAGUUAUGUGGUUGCAUUUAGCAAUGAAUGUCUUCACCCAAUAUGUGUGCAUUCGGGGUGUAUUCAUCCUAACCACAGAGUGUACUUCCCUUACUGUUACACUAGUAGUGACUCUGCGUAAAUUCCUGAGUCUCAUCAUCUCUAUACUGUACUUCCGGAACCCAUUCACAGCGUGGCACUGGGUUGGCACAGUGGUGGUCUUCCUGGGCACGCUGCUGUACACUGAGGUGUGGUCCAGCAUCUGCAUUGCAGUGAAAGGAGAGAAACCAGGCAAGAAGACAGAGUAAAAAUGAAGAACACAACAGAAUACCUCUGUGUGUGCGUGUGCGUAUGCGUGUCUGUCUGUCUGUCUGUGUCUGCACACAUGUGAUCACAUACCUAUGGACAUUUUUGCGUAGCAGAUUCCACCGCUAUGCAGGUUCUUUCUACUUUCAGAGUUCUCAAAGGCUGUAUUUUAAGGUUAAAAACAGAAGGUAAAUUUUGUUCCUAGAUCCACUCCAUUAUCAAUUUUCUUAUGGGAAUUAAGCAGUAAUAAGUCUGUAGUAUAGUAGUGCACUGCAGCGUCCUGGGCAUGACCCUAAGGAUAGCAUUAUGAGCAUACUGUGUUUUCAACUGACAUACAAAAUUGUGCAUAGGAAAAUUUCUGACCAUGUAUUUUGGUCCAGUUUGGCGAUUAAACAUUUAGAACAGAAAUGUGUAAUAGAGAUUUUAGUUACCUUUGUAUUUAUGUCUCAGGAUUUUAUUGUUUACUUAGUGAGUCUCAAAAUGAGUCUUAAUGUCUCAGUUAAAGUAUUGCCUCACAGCCCUCAUGUUAAUCACAUUUCCAUCUGUUACAGUAAUAAAAUUAGCCUGGGUUUAUUAAUCUA